AUGAGAAACCACACCACAAUAACAACUUUCAUCCUGCUGGGACUGACAGAUGACCCACAACUGCAAGUGCUGCUUUUUCUCUUUUUACUUCUCACCUACAUGUUGAGUGUAGCAGGGAACCUGACUAUCAUCACCCUCACCUUGGUGGACCCCCACCUUCAAACGCCCAUGUACUUUUUCCUCCGAAAUUUUUCCUUCUUAGAAGUCUCAUUUACCACUGUAUGCAUUCCUAGAUUCCUGUACAGUCUAUCGACUGGGGACAAUAUCAUUACCUACAAUGCUUGUGCCAGUCAAAUAUUCUUUGUCAUUCUCUUUGGAGCCACAGAAUUCUUUCUCCUGGCAGCAAUGUCUUACGACCGCUACGUGGCCAUCUGCAGACCCCUGCAGUACAUGAGCGUUAUGAACUCCAGGAUGUGUACCUUAUUAGUCCUCUCCUGUUGGGUAGCUGGUUUAAUGAUCAUCGUUCCGCCCCUGAGCCUGGGUCUCCAGCUUGAGUUCUGUGACUCCAACACCAUUGAUCAUUUCAGCUGUGAUGCAAGUCCCCUCCUAAAGAUCUCGUGCUCAGACACUUGGCUAAUAGAACAAAUGGUUAUUUUCAUGGCUGUACUUGCACUCAUGACCACCCUACUCUGUGUGGUCCUGUCCUACACAUACAUCCUCAGGACAAUUCUGAGAUUCCCCUCUGUCCAGCAAAGGAAGAAGGCCUUUUCCACCUGCUCGUCCCACAUGAUUGUGGUUUCCAUCACCUACGGCAGCUGCAUCUUCAUCUACAUCAAGCCCUCUGCAAAGGAAGAGGUGGCCAUCAAUAAGGGAGUGUCGGUUCUCACGACUUCUGUUGCACCCUUGUUGAACCCCUUCAUUUACACCUUGAGGAAUAAGCAAGUGAAGCGAGCUUUCAAUCACUCUGUGAAGAAGAUUGCACUUCUCCCCAAGAAGCGGAAGGUCUGA